CUUUUGACUUCAUCGCCGGCAUGGCGCAAGCAAAUGAAAGUUUUGGUAACCGACACUUAUGGCAGUUUAUCAGUGGUACAGGCAUUCUUCGACCGAGGGAGCUGAUAAAGAGAGAGUUGACAAGAAACACAGACAAAGUUCUAAAUGGCCUGCUGUUUUACAAGAAACCAAGGGCACCACAGGGAGAUUUGCUGAAAGACAAGAAUCUGAAAACACAGCAGAAAGAAUUUGUGCUCAAAUUAACAACGUUCUUGAAUUUGGAAGAAGACCAGAGCUAUGAAGUGUACUUUUCAUAUCUUUCUCAAGAUUUCAGAGGCUCAGAAAAAAAUCUUCAGCUGUGCUUAAGUACAGAACGACACAGUCAUGCAUUCAUGGUAAAGAUUCGUGAUUUCUACUACAGUGAGAGGUUGUAUCUACUACAAUGUAUCAGGCACAUUCUCACGUUCUGGUCCGAGGCAGAGAACCAUCCUUAUAGGGAGGAGUACACUAUAUUUCUGAACAUAUUACUGAAGGAUAACGAGUUGAUAAAGAAACUGUUAGAACAGGUCGACCUGCUGUGUGAUGAACCACUUCCUACCUGGGAAACUCAUGGAAACCUUAUGAAUGAUAGACAAGCUUUGGUAUGGGCACAUCAGAAUUUGAAAGAACAGAUUGAACUGUUGGAGAUACUUCUUGUGUACUGGAAAGAAUUUGAAGUUAGUGCCAAAGAUUUCAACAGAUUACUGGACAAAUUCAAGAGACAAGGUUUUGGCAGGAGACAGACAUACAAACAUAUACUGGAUGAGUCCUUUGAUAGAAUUACUAAAAGAAUAGGGUCACUAGAAGUUCUAGUAUUACUUCAAGCAAUGGACAUGGAGACUGUAGAAAGGCUUAGUUACACUAAAUGUUUUGAUGACCAUAGUUUGUUGAAAGACAAACAAACUUUCCAGUCAGUAGAGAAGACAAUGCAGUUGCUGGGGUCAGAACAGCCUCAUGGUGCCCUGCUCCUCAGCUGGGCAGUUAUCAGGCAGCUGUACCUGGAGGGGGACGGAGCAAAUGUAACCAGGAAAUACGGGAACCAGGCUUUACAGCUUUGUGUGUUUGAUUUCCUCUCGGAGAUGUUAGAUAGGGAACCAUUCUCUGGAAAGUCUAUUACAGCGUCUAUUUCACACUGUGUGAUAUAUACAGUAUUGUUAGCAGCACUGACAGCAUUUGAUGAAACAACAUUGACUAGAAGUAACACAGAAAUGAAGGUACUGUAUGACAUUACAUGCAAGCUGUUGAGUAGAGAGUUUAUUGCUGGAAAUGUUUGGAAUAAGGGAAUGGAACAAGGAGUAGGAAACAUGUAUCAAACUGCUCUCCUCAACUUCCCGCUGGAUUUCUCAACUCUCGUCAAACUGAGUACAGCCCUAGCUUCAGCUAAUGCAGACAGUGCAUCAAAGGUGCUGGAAUUAUGGUCAGAAUUACCCAGGUACACAGAAUAUCUGGACCGCAACAGUUCCCAGGACCUCAGAUCAACCAGGGACUCCUUGGUGUGGCAACUGGCUAGGGAUAAAACACCUUAUGGGGCAGGUGAUUUUCGCAUCCCAGCAGGGGUAUAUGGACAGUUGAUUUCUACAGGCCAGAAACCAGUGUCAGACCUUGAUAUUCCAAUAAUUCAGUGGGAGGUGACCUAUGAUGGAUGGCAGCUGUUGAAAAGUGAAAUACAAGAACUGUUACAUCAAGUUGCAAGAGGGGCCGGUAUGGUAUUACCAGUACAAAUCCUCAGGGUGACAGAUAUCGCUCAAUUUGUUAGAGCAAUAUGUAAAUCCCAGCCAACAGCUGCCGACGGUCUCACAGAUAUCAUGGUGCUGCUCUAUACACUGAUACAGAGGUUUUCAUCCUUCAACCCUCCGCCAUUAGAAUUGAUAGCAGCCUGUGUUGACUGUAUCACAUAUGUAGCUAAACUUCACCCGAAACAAGCAUGGCAUGAUAUGAAACAGACUGGUCUCCUGCCAUUCCUUACAGAGAAUAUAGACAACAUGACGGAAGUACUGAGUGGACGUGGCUUGAGCCCCGGACUGUAUGGAGGUCUGCUGGCUGGGUUUGAGGUACCACAGGGAGAGUACCAGCUAACUGUGGCGUUCCUUGAGUUCAUAUCGGAACUUGUUAUGCCACUGUACAAUAUAGGCCAGGAGAAUCAGCUUCAGCCAGUAGUUAUGUAUAUACUGAGAGAGAUAUUUCCAGGAUUCCAGAAAUGGAGAUAUUAUAAUUCUACAAGGAAAGAACUCAUAGGGCAUAAAUGUUUGAAAAUUGCACAUAAGAUACUCAACUUCAGACUUUCCAAGGAGAAGAAAAAUUCUGAAAAGCCACAUAUACAGAAGUUGUGUGUUUAUAGUCUACUGUUUACAGAAGCUGGGAGAGCCUUACUGGAGAUUAUAGCCACAGGGGUAGAACCUAUAGAAAUGUUACUGGCUCAGCAGUCUAGUCGAACUGAGGGCAGUGGAGAGGAUCUCAUGCAGUUGAUACAGAUUGGAUUUUCCGUGAUGAACCGUCUGCUUUUGCUGAGGUCACAUGAUCAGUUGUCACCAGUAGAGGUUGCAUUAUCCUCACAGCCAGCUGGGUACCAGAACCAACAUAUUGUUGCAGUAAUAGCAGAGUACAUUUAUCAUAGAACGAACCCAUUGUUACCAAAGCUAGCAACACUGUUCCUGCGUAGACUGGCUGUGGUAUUACCUAUGUCUAUACUGGCAUGUCUCGGUGGACAAGGGGAGGCUAUAAGGGAUAUCUACCUAAUGAGGUUACACUCAGCAACAGAGGAUCUAAGUUUGAAGACAGGUAUAUUGGAACUGCUGUCAGUAUGUGUGGACACCCAGCCAGGGUUGAUUGAACUCUUCCUCAAUGUCCAGACAACACAGCCCUCUGAUGCAAAUAAGGAUGUGUUGGUUGGAAGGACAAGUUGCCUGCAGACUGUGCUAGACCUGAUGCUCUUCAAGAAACAGGGCUCAUACCAGUGUCCACCAGACCUGCUGUGUGCCUGCACCAACUUCAUACAAGCACUGUGGGUGGGGAUGAGAGAAACAGCCAUGGCAGCUCUCAGAGCAAAGGUGCAUUUCUGGCCAAGCCUAUGUGGACCUUUGCUUAAAGACCUGUCUGAUGCCUCUGAGGAACCGAUGCUGACUUUCAAGUUGAAAACAGUGUCAUACAUUUUGAAAGUUUUGGCUCAGGAAAUAUAUGUAACAAACAGCACAAAACUAGACGACAAUUUAAAGAAAAUUCUGAAAGAAUUAGCAGAAAAAGGCAGAAUCAAAUACUGGUCAACAUAUAUCACAGACUGUAUAAAGAUGGCUGAUGAAGGGUCACAUGACAUGUCAUUGGACACAAGCACAGAUGCUGCGGAACAUCCAAUACACAAACUGCUUCUUGCCUGGAAAAACUUCCUGGUUGUGCUGGCGAAAAUAAAUGUUGUAGAACUGAAGCUAGAUGAUGGUUUGAAGGAACUGAUAGUUGUAGACCUACUGGAGGCCAUACAUGCACAGUUUACCAACUCUCUGUCAGAGCUGAGACAUAAGUUGUCACAGACAUGCAGUGCUCUUUUCUUUACCCUUGUGAAAAGCUGGACAAGUUCCAUCAAGGUAUGGCGUCAGGUGUUAGACAGGACCCUGGAGACCUUGACCUUGACAAUGUCAAGCGGGGAUAUGAUCAUACCAUCUGUACAGAUUGGAUUACUGGGAUCUGUAACAGCCAUUCUACAAUAUCUUAGGCUGGAAGCACACAAGAAGGUUGAUGUUCAAAAGUUGGGACCAAUUCUGGUGUCUACCUGUGAAGUAUUGCUACAGAGUACCAGAGAAUUGCCACAACCCCAGGAGCUGCGUCGACUGAGAGAAGCCCAGGAAAGCACAGAAAAAUCAUUCGCUCACACAGAUCAUAGGCUGAAGUUACAGACAGUUGCAUGUUGCACAGUAGAGGAGUUGAUACAUCAUAUCAGAGACAGUGAGAUAUGGUUACCUAUACUACAAGAAAAUAUGAUCUUACCUGCACUUCUGUCAUCAGCUGAUAUAUAUCUCAAGACACAGGAGAGCUUGCAUUAUCUACAGCCAUUGUUUAUACUCUUCCUCACCAUAGCGCAAGAUAAGAAGGGAGCUGAGAGUUUAGCAAUGGCAGGUCUGACCCAGCAUGUGUGUCUACCAGUCACAUAUUGUUACCAGAAUGGAGAUGUCUCGUACCCUGGUCCCAAACCUGGGCAGCAGGGUAAAGCAGUGAGGCCCCAGCAGCCACAGGUGACCUGGCACAGUGUUUACUGUCUGUGUUUAGACUUAUAUACAACGAUGUUGGCUACCAUGAAAUACUCAUUCCUGGAAGAUGCCUUCAACUUUGUCGGUAGUCACCAGGAUAGGCUUCAACAGUGUUUAGAGAUAGCAAGGUUUAGUUUGAGCAGUGACAUGUUCCGUGAAGUAGAGAAGACGUGCUUGUUUGUCAGUCAUCUAGCAAACUUCAGUAGAGAAUGGAGGCUGCAUUUACCUGAAUCUCUCAAUAAAAUACUGUUGAGCCUGUUAUACAUGUGCCAGACAUUUGUGUCAUUACUGAUACGACCUAGAUAUUUACAGUAUAUUCUUGAGCAUCAAGGUAUAACGGGAGAACAGCAUGAGAGACGACACAGUGAAAGGUUACCUCUACCAACUCUACAACAUCAGGCAUCUACAGAGGAUAUAGAUAGUCCUACAGUACAACAUGUACAAGUACAACAUAGUAUGUUGAAGGUGCUAGGGGAAUGUUUUGUUGCCUUGCGACAGUUUAGUCCAGAUCUUGUACAGAUACUUGUUGAUCAGAAUAUGGAUGUUGGAGAGUAUGAACCAUUUCUAGCUCUUGGAUUCAGCACCCCUCCAGCAGACCAGGAUACCCCACCCACUUUUGGAACCAUGCUGUCAUGUGUCAGUGUUGGUCUCCGUCUCUUGACAAAGAUGGAUGGAAGUAAAUCUCCACAGAAGCAAGACAGCAGCACUACAGCUUCUGGUACCCCUGUACUCAGUCAACAUGUUUCAAAGUCACUGGUUAUGUUUGUGUUAGAAAAUGCCCUGUAUCUCACAAUGUCUCAGGGAAUGUUGUACUUGAAGGAUCCUAAUGUUCAGUCCAGAGAAAAACAGCUUCUCAAACGUGAACUUGGCACAGAAAUGAAUUCGAUAUUGUCUGGUAUUCAGCGCUACAUAAGAAGAGGUGGACCUCAGUCUCCGGCAUCUUCUACCCAGAUAAGUCCCAGAUCUCAGUCACCAGCGGGAGCUACUCUUAGUCGUUCCAUUUCACAAACUUUCUUAUCCAGUCAGGACCAUGCUAUUUUUAGACUUGUGCAAGAAUUUUCUAAACAAGUGCUAAGAUGAGAAAUCAUGAAAAUGUAGCCACAUAUUGUGUUCAUACAAAAUGGAAACAAAGAAGUGUCGAGAACAUUUUUACUCUAUAAUGUUUAAUUUGAUUUACCAAAAAGCCAACAGGUUUAAAAUUGUACAUAUUGUUAUUUUGCACAGUUUGUAAAAAUACAAAAAAAUAGGAAAAAAAGGGAGUACAAAAUUAGAA